AUGGGCGACGCCAGAGCACAACUAGAUAACUUGGCGUGGGACAAAAACGAUGAAGCAUCAGAAAUAUCACAGAAACGGCUUCGAAGGAGAGACACCUGCGAACUUGCAGCUUCCCUUGCGGGGCAGAAAUUCGGGAGAAAAGCAACAUUCGGGCCACCUUUGAUCAUCGGUGGAUACAACAUUUUAUACAAGUUUCCAAUUGAGAAGACUCUUCAAGAAGGUGCCACAGCAAGAUAUAUCGAACAACACACCCAGAUCCUAGUUCCCAAGGUACUCUACUAUGGCGAAAAGUCUGAUCUUGGUCCUUUUAUGAUCCUUCAACACGUAGAAAAUCGUGGAUUAAUGGCUGAUCAAAUCAAAAUGCCCAACCCCGACCCCGACGUAACUUCUGUCCUAGAUCCAAACAUCUCCGAGACCGUGCUCUCAAAUUUCUACGGGAAAGUGGCACGGUGCCUAUUACAGAUCUCUCGGCUCUCAUUCGAUCGCAUUGGAUCGUUGUCUGAGAACGGUGACAAUACUUUCUCCAUAACGGGACGCCCUCUCUCCAAGAACAUGAACGACAUGCUACAACUCGCAAAUAUUCCCCGUGCUGUACUUCCGCCAGAGAACAAGACAUAUAGUACGGCAGAUAACUGGUAUGUUGCUUUAGCAGAGAUACAUAUAGCACAGCUCAUUUUUCAACACAAUGACCUUGUAACCACCCAGGAUGAUUGCCGAAAUAAGUAUGUGGCACGACAACUCUUUCGCCGGUUGGCGAAAGAUAAUCGACUCUCAAGCUUUGGAUUUGCUGAUGAUAGCUGGUCAGCCCAGUCUAAAAGCUGGUCUUCUCCACUUUCCCGGGCACCAAGUAAUCUGGGAUCGUUCAGGCUUUGGGCCGAUGACUUCAGACCUGGCAAUAUCCUCGUCGAUGACUCUGGCGACAUAGUUGCAGUUAUAGACUGGGAGCUUAGCUAUGCUGGACCCACACAAUUCAUACUUGAUUGUCCGUGGUGGUUGCUUCUCGAAGUGCCAGAGUCGUGGAAACCGGACAUCGAUUCUUGGACCAAGGUCUAUGAUAUCCGGUUGCAGACUUGGUUGUCGGCUAUGGAGAAAGUUGAAAAAGAACUUGGCUCUGAAACGUUACCAUUCGUUUUGUCUACGCACAUGCGUGAAAGUUGGGAGACUGGUCGAUUCUGGCUUAAUUAUGCUGCGAAAAACAGCUGGGCGUUUGACACGGUAUUUUGGAAGUAUUUAGAUGAGAAGUUUUUUGGAACCCGAGAGGAGGAUGUUUCCAAGGAUGACCUAUGGAGGACGAGGGUCAAUUUUUUAAGUGAGAAGGAAAGAGCGGCCAUGGAGCCCUUUGUGGAGUGGAAAAUGGAGGACAAGAAGGAAAGAAUAUUGGUUGAUUGGGAUCCGGAGGAGGCAAAACAACGGCUAUCUGAGGUGCUGUUUGAUUGA